UUAAUUAAAAGUUCAGUCUGUGCAUCGAUAAAUGGCGACCCAUUUCAAAGAAAACAUUUGGAGUAAUUUGAACCAUCGAGAAACUUGACAAUUACUGACAAUGGGUGCAUUCAUAAAGGUCAAAGAAAGAAAAGACAAGAAAGAAGAGAGAACGCGACGCUAUAGCCAUCUAGCGGUCAAAAGGUGGAACUAAAAUUGUUGUUUGUUGGCGUUUAUUAAAAAAAAUAAUAAUAAACAGAUACAGACUUUAAACCUGUAUAGGUCUAUUAGUCUAGAAGUAAAAUUCCGACCUCCAUACAGCGCACCACCGGGAAAACGUCCAAGUUUGUCCUCGAAUAGUUCCUUUUUUUAGCGCUAGAUGCCGGCAUUUGUUUGUUUAAAAAAAAAAAUAACGGAUUUAAAAGUUAAAAAACGGUUUUCAUACAAAUUUUAAUAUCACAUUGCUGAUUCACUUAUUUGGUAUUGCAUAUAAUACAAAAAUAUUUAUAAAAUACAAAUGGCACCAUCUAGCGUUGACCCGGAGUACUAUUCGAGGACACACUUGAGCGCUUUCCCACCGAUAGCGCCACUGUCGUCUACAAAAAUAUUGUUGUUAUUCUUGGAUAAUAACAAUUAUAACUUCAGCAAGACUACCUUGACAUUUAUUUUAUUGUUGUCUAAACAUUUAUGUAUAAAAUUUAUUAGAAUAUAUUUCAAACUAGAAAUGGGAGAUAACCUUCGACGGCAGGUACUAUGCAUGUUUAAAAAACUACAUCGAACGCGAAUGAAUACUUUCAAGGGCGACGAACACGCGUUGAAAGUUGUAAGGAACAAGAUAAACGAGGAGUACAAAAAAAAUAAAAAUGUUACAAACACAGCUGCUAUUGAAGAGUUGAACAAAUUUGCACAAGAAGUAGAGCACGAAGUACGAACAACUGUAAUUCAAGCAGUUGAAAAAGAACCUGGAAAGUUUGCGCUUAACAUUACGCCUGACAUAAAGCUAAUGGAUAAUGCACCCUGCGAGGACCUUAAAAAAACUUCCUCAGAAGAUAGACCACGAAAGAAUAAUUAAAAUAAAAAAAAUUUUAAUAAUUCAAUUUUACAGUGGAGUAGAAUAGCAUUAAAAUAUAAAGAAUAAAUAUAGUAAACAACUAGUUAUAAAUUAUUAAAUGUUUAUUUAAGUCAGAAAUGUCAAUUCAGAUGGUUUUAUUUGUAAUUUAACACUAAUAAAAUAUAUACAAUAUUGUAUGUA